AUGCUCCAAAGAUUGUAUUUCUCUGCUGUGGGUGUCUCAGCGAUUUCGGAUUUUGUAGGACUCAUUCUGAAUCUGUUUAUUGUAGUGAUCAACUACAAGACAUGGGUCCAAAGCCACAGAAGCUCCUCUUUUGAUAAGAUCCUGUUCAGCGUGGGCAUCACCAGAUUUCUUAUGCUGGGACUGUUUCUACUGUACGUUCUCUGCCUCUUCAUGGCUCCAAAUACUGAAAGGUCAGUCUACGUACCCGCUGCUUUCCUGUUGUGCUGGACAUUUUUGGACUCUAAUGGUCUCUGGUUUGUCACCUUGCUCAACGUUUUGUACUGCGUGAAGAUUACUGACUUCCAACACCCAGUUUUUCUGCUCCUGAAACGAAAUCUGUCCCCAAAGCUCUCCAGGCUGCUGCUGGCCUGUGUGCUGGUUUCUUCCGCCACCACUCUCCUGCGUGUUGUGCUCAUACAGACGGUACCUUUUCCUGAAUUUGCGAUCAGGAGAAAUGGCACAAUACUUGACGUCAAUGAGGACGUCCUGUCUUUGGCGAUCUCUUUGGUCUUGAUCUCAUUUCUCCGGUUCAUCAUUAAUGUGACUUCCACUUCCUUGUUAAUACAUUCCUUGAGGAGACACAUACAGAAGAUGCAGGGAAACGCGAGUGGUUUCUGGAACCCCCAGACUGAAGCUCAUGUGGGCGCCCUGAAGCUGAUGGUGUAUUUCCUCCUCCUGUACAUUCCCUAUUCGGUCUUUAACCUGAUCCACUACCUCCCUUCUUCUGUGGGGAUGGAUUUGGGAAUCAGGUCCUUGAGUACGAUUAUUUCUACCCUUUUCCUUGUAGGGCAUUCUCUUCUCAUUAUUCUCACACAUCCUCGACUGAAAACAAAAGCAAAGAAGAUUCUUUGCUGCAACAAAUAG